UUUCUUUCCCAUUGAAGUCAUACAAGCUAGGACCCAAAAUGGCGGUCCAUGGAGAACCAGUUUCCUUCUCAAUUUGGAGCAAGGGGGCUGGUCUAAAACUGCAUCACAGCUGAUCUGGAGAGGCUUUCCCCCCCUCAAGUUGUUUUUUUGCAGACAGCAGCUUUGCAGACAAUCACAGAGGGGAACCUCUCUUGUUUUUUUGCUCACCUUUCCGCCCCCUAUUUAUAUAUUUUUAUUGUAUUUAUCUUUUACCAAACUCCCUUUCAAACAAAUCCACUUCCAAAAGUUGAACUUUAAAACCGCAAUAAUGCCACUACUUUUCUGCACGUUUUCACUGGAGUGCCAUCGUUUUUGUGUCAACCACGGAUCUUGUUGUCCGGGUCUGACCCGCUUUUAGCAUCUUUGUCCUUUUUUUUUUUCUAUCUCUCUCGCGGAAGAUGUUUUCGUCAGCAGCAGGGGAGGACUUGUUUACCUCCGCGGAGGAGUCCUCCGGACGCGCAAUCUCCCCGUCCGUGGAGCUCAGUUUGACCAUCGUCUACACCGUCCUCUACUCUUUCCUCUUCGUUUUCGUCUACCUGCAGCUCUGGCUCAUUUUGCACUACGGACACAAGCGCUUCAGCUUCCAGAGCGUGUUUUUGUUCCUGUGUCUGCUGUGGGCUGCGCUGCGGACGACCCUCUUCUCUUUCUACUUUAAAAAUGUGGUGCAGGCCAACCAGCUGCAGCCUCUGGCCUUCUGGCUGCUGUACUGCUGCCCCGUCUGCCUGCAGUUCUUCACGCUCUGCCUGCUCAACCUUUACUUCACACAGGUGAUGUUCAAAGCUAAAGCCAAGUAUUCACCGGAGCUCUCCAAAUACAAGGUUCCACUGCGUUUGCUGUUCUUGUGUCUCAGUAUUUUCUUCCUGGUGGUGAACCUCACAUGCGCAAUGUUAGUGCAAGGAGCUCUUGAGCACUCCAAGCCGCCAAGCGAUGGAGGAAUCAAGCAUGCGGUCUUAGCGCGGGUCCUGAUCAACGACAGUCUGUUCGUCUUGUGUGCCAUAUCCCUGGCCGUGUGUAUCUUCAAGAUCGCGAAGAUGUCUUCUGCCAACGUUUACCUUGAGUCUAAGGGUACAUCCUUGUGCCAAGCAACAGCCAUUGGAGCCAUGGUGAUCCUCCUUUACACAUCCAGAGCCUGUUACAACCUCGUGGUGGUGGCCCUGUCGCCCCAGGACAGACCCAGUCCCUUCAAUUAUGGCUGGUACAGCAUUUCCGAUCAGGCUGCAGUACAAGAGGUCAGCGGCGAGGCCUACAUCAUUUUUGGGGUCAUUUUGUUUUUCUGGGAGCUGCUGCCGACUAGCCUGGUGGUGGUUUUCUUCAGGGUCCAGAGACCCCAUCAAAACCUGGCUCAGGGGGGAAUGAUCAGCAGCCACAGUUUCAGCUCCAGGGCCUAUUUCUUUGAUAACCCCAGGCGGUACGAUAGUGACGACGACCUGUCCAAAAGCAUCAAUGCGAGGAGCGAUCGCGCCAGUCUCUUCUCCACCACACCCCAGCUGUCAACAUCCAGUUGGUACGGCUCCAUCCAGCGCAAUGGGACUUUAGCAGCCGGGGGGGCGUCUGCCCAGCAGCCCCUGCCCUCAACAGCCCCCCUCCUCUUCGCAAAUGGAAACAUCCAGAAUCCACAUCAUCAUCAUCAUCACAACUAUUACUCCACCCCGCAGAACAACAACAACCACCACCAUCCGCACAAUAACUACUAUUCCACGCCUCAGAAUUAUUACUGUGCAUCGCAUAUGUACUUCUGCACCCCCCAGAAUUAAGGGGCACCCAUAAGGAAAACUGGACGGGGCUGAAUAGUGUGUUUGUCACGCAAGUCAUCGAUUUUUGGUGCUUUUAGAAUGAAUUUCGCAACAAAAAAAAGAACAUUUCAAGGAUCUCUUAAAUUUAUGAUCAGCGAUCUAAAUACCUUUUAUGCCAACGGCUCUGACCAAACAUCACGAUCUAAACGUUAGUCGGAUUAAAAUAAACGUAAGCGUACAGCAGCCAGCUCGUCCAGCUAAGAAGCCUAACAUCUUUAAGGCGUUAUGUUAGUAACGUGACACCCGACAAUAUCAUGAAAGGUCAAAACUUUUAACCCUUUACCACCAGAGCUUUAGCUCCAGUGUUGCCAUUCUUUGGACAACUGUAACUCUUCAAGCUCCUACUUAUGUAACGUAAUUGUUGAAGAGUUGCGGUUUGCCAAAGAAUGUGUUAUUUCGGUGUCGCCGGUGUCAUCUCCAGUGUUAGUGUUAAAAACGUCACAAGGUGCUAGCUAGCUAGUGGGACAUUCAGGUUCACUAUGGCUAUGUCCGAACUCCUUCACUACUUAGAGCACUAUGUAGUGCGUUCGGCCAAAUCGAGUGCCCUAGCAAUUUCCCAGAUUUCUCCUUGAAAAACUAGUGCGCAUUGAUACUGACUAGAUUGGGGUAUAUAGACCGCAAUUCAUUGCGUUUGUAACAUUUUUGCCAAACAAACAAAAAAAAGUAUUUUAUUAAUAAACUAUCAACAUUUCCACUAUCAGAACACAGUGGAUUAAUAAACGCUUGUCGCAACAUUUAUUAGUUCUUUACUUUGUGAAAUUGUCAACGUCAUAUUUGCAUAUAAAAUAAUGUUGUGAGCAUGAUGUUUGAAUUUCUUUUAAGAUCUAGGGCAUUAGAUAGUUCCACACUAUAAUUUUUUAGUAGUUGGGCAGUAGGGUGGAAUUUUGGACAUAGCCUAAUUGAAGCUAGCUAGGGGUUUGUAAUGUAGCUAACAGUUCCUCCAAUUUUUUAGCUGCUGGAGACGACUCAUAAUUAAUUUUGGCUAAAGUUGUACAUUUUGGUGCCAUUUAAACUGUGAGAACCCAGCAAAGGCGUCUCGUGUCGCCUGAUUGCAUCUUUUAGCAAUGCUAAAUGUUAAGCUAAGUCACAAAAUAACGGCAAACAAUAAGAAAAUGAAAUCAAAACCCAUAUGUAGGGUAGUUGACUGCAGGUGAGAACUGGACUGAGUGACCCUUCCCCCUCACAUUCUAAAUAGGAAGUACCUACUGGCUCCAAGAAGCUAACAUAUUCUAGUUCAUCAUAGUUUUUUUUUUCCUGAAGUGAAAGUUAUUUACGUUAUAAACCGACCAAUCAGAUGCCUCUAUGAAAGCAUGCGAUCUCAUGUUGAAUGUUUGAGACAUCGGAUUGACAGUUUUAAUGUAACCCACUUUAAAGUGGCAGGGGUGUGGCCAUACAACAAGCUCACUCCUGAUUGGUUAGAGGGGUUGCCACAAAAAAGGAAUACUCAGUCCAACUCGAUCGCUGUAAACUGAUAAUCUAUGGUUCCAACAUGGAGACGACUGAGUUGACUUCGUGUGGUUGGUGCCAGAAGUAAGCCACUUUCUACUGGUGAUGUCACAGUUCUCAUUUCCAGUCAAUGGUAGGGUCUGUGUGUCAUUGGUCAUAAAUCGAUGACUCAGGCUUUGUUUCAGUCACUAAAGCAGGAUGGCAACAAAACCUUCUUUCUACAUAAACAUGAAGAAAAAUAUCCGAUUUAUGUUAGAUUUAGAUUGGGUCUGUGACACUAAGAUCCUGAAUCAGUUACUUCAGUCAGCAAUGAAUGUGACUCAGCUCUCGGUUCGGAUGGGACGGGUCAUCGAAGCUGAUUUGUGACCAAAAAAAAAAAAUUUCAAUAUCAUCUCGUCUGAUGUUUUGUGAGCUGUGACACAAAGAUUUUGCACUUGGACGAUGAUCACCUUAAGAGGAAGAAAAAAGGUUUUGAAUGUAGUUUUUUUAUUCUUUGUUUAACUUUAGUAAUCCUCUAUUUUAUUGUUUAUCCUGAGAGAAGGAAAAGGUCAAUGUGCCAUCACAUUUAUCAUAUCAAAUAUUUGCAUUCCUUUAUAUUUGCACAAGAAAUGAUCAGAUGGUGUCUGUUUUUAAUCGUUGCCAUGUCGAUCUGUUUCUAAUGAGUAUUGUGUGGAGUUUUUUAGGCUGUGUGCUGUCAUAGAUAUUUUCAAAUUUAGCGUGCUUUUAUACGUAACUUUUAUUUUACAUUGAUUUUUACUAACAUAUAUUAUGGUGUGUUAUUUUUUUCCGUCACCUUAGUGACCCCUAGAGCUUCACGGAUUGCAUCAUGUCAGCAAUACGUCGUCCGUGACUCGCACCUCAGACCAAAUUCUCAAGCUACGUUCACACCGGGCAUGUGUGGUGCGUUCAGGAACCCGGGUUUUUAGGAACCCGGGUUUUUAAACGCGGUGGCGUUCACACAGAUAACCGACACUAGCGCAUGUCCGCCACCUACAGUUGGAAGACGCUUAGUGCAAAAUGUCGUCGUGGUGUAAAUCUUGCAAAUCUUGCUCCAAACUUUUCCGAUAUUUGAAAGAUUCCUCAUAUAAUUCUGGCUGGUUACAAUCAGCAAAUAUCAAUUUCUCCCACAUGAUCAAUUUGUUAGCAGUUCUGUGAAAUGAAACUAUCUAUAUCAGUGUUUUUCAACCUAAUUUGAGCCACGGCACACCUUGACAAAAAUCCCGCGGCACACCAGCAUCCCAAAAAAAAAAAAAAAAAAA